AUGAAAUUUCUAACAUUUAGUUUUGUUUCAUUGGCUGCAAUUUGUGGCUUGGCCAGCAUUGCAUUAGCUGGACCAGUCCAACAACAGCAAUACCAUCAUCAUCUGCAACAACGACAUAGCUAUCAGGGCAAACUUUACCACAGAAGUAGUAGCAGCAACAAAAACGAGGUUUAUGACAGCAUUAGCUAUUCGUCCUCAGCUGGAGUUGCCAAGAAUGCUGAUAGCGAGGAGAAGCCGAAGGAGGAAAAAAAAUGCAAAAAACAGGAAAAAGAUGAAGAUCACGUGGAGAAACCCAUGAUGAAGGAGGAGGAUAAACAGCAAGAGAAACGCCAAGCGGAAACUCACAGCUCCUUUGAAGAUCAUCACGAGCACAAGAAUCACAUUCAUCAUGACUACUAUGUCCAACCUAAAUAUAAAUUCGAAUACGGUGUUAAGGAUGAAAAGUCGGGAGAUGAUAAAAAUCAUUGGGAAGAACGAGAUGGUGACAAGGUUAAAGGUGGUUACAUUAUUAAAGAAGCCGAUGGCUCUACACGCAUAGUUGAAUAUACGGCCGAUCAUCACAAUGGUUUUCAAGCUGUUGUGAAAAUAAUACCAGCCGAAAAGAAGGAAGAAAAAGGAGGAGAAAUUGAUUUGUCGAAAUAUUAUUAG